AUGCCUGGAAUUCUCCCGAUGAAAGUGAUCAAGGUCGGGAACGGCUCGCAGAGUCGUAUCGCCCAGGCCUGUGAUCGAUGCAGAAGCAAGAAGAUUCGCUGCGACGGCAUCCGUCCAUGUUGCACCCAAUGCGCCAAUGUCGGUUUCGAAUGCAAAACUAGCGACAAGCUGAGUCGCCGUGCCUUCCCCCGUGGAUACACCGAGUCGUUGGAGGAACGAGUGCGUGCCCUGGAGUCCGAAGUCAGGGACCUUAAGAACUUGCUGGACGAAAAAGAUGAAAAAAUCGAUGUCCUUUCUCGCAUUCACUCUUUCUCUCCCUCACGCCAAAGGUCCAGUGCUGCAGCGACAUCACCAUCGGCGCCUGCAAGACCCAGUGCACCCGAUGCGGAUGAGGGCAUGAUCCAGGUUCAGCAUCUGGUGCAGCCUAACGAGUCGGGCUCGACUGAGAGUGCAGCAUUGUCGAAUACUCGCGGGUUUGUUGAUGCUUUCACAAACAAGCUUGUAGAACAAAACCGACUGUCAUCCAGUGUCUCAAUCAAAACCCUAACGACUCCCCCUACUAUCUCUCAUUCGCGUGUCGAUCAAACCAUCCGAACAGCGCCUCGGCUUGUAUCCGACCAACUUAUCAACAUCUUUUUCCAAGAAUGGGCUCCCCUUUACCCAGUGGUUCACCGGCCCACUAUCCUCAAAGCUUAUGAGCAGUAUCUUUCGGGCAUGGAAUCAUCGCAGGGGAGCAAGCAUGAUUUGGCGCAGUUGAACCUCAUUUUCGGCAUCGCCGCUCUUACUUCUAUGUCGAGAACCAACCAGGACCCUGCCUUUUUCGAGGACAAUUGGUCAUCCAUUCUCGAAUCAAUCUCAAGCGAUAUAUCUCUACCGACAAUGCAAUGUUAUGUGCUCGCUCAAAUGUACUGCAUGAUAAAGGGCGAUUACACCAGUCUUUUACGCUAUCGGGGUCUCGCCGUGAGUCUUAGUCAACAGUUAAGAUUGCACCAGAGCCAGAAACGCUUCUCGUCGAAUGCCCUUGUGGCAGAAACCCGAAAGAAAGUGUUCUGGUGUCAAUACGCUCUUGAUCGAUUCACCGCCGCGUUGACGGGCUUACCUGUCCUACUACGUGAGGAGGAUGUCAAGACCGAGUACCCUGAGGAUAUUGAUGACGAGAAUGUCACAGAAACGGGCUUUUUGCCCACUCUUCCUGGCGAGUCGACCCGCAUCUCAAGUGCAAUUGCGUUGUUCGCAGCAUCACGGGUAUUGAACAAGGUUUUGGAAGAUAUCUACCCUUCUGAUGGAGGAUACGAUAUUCCUCUGUCGAAGCUGCGCUCAGUUGCAGAGCGAUUGGAUGAGUGGGUGAAGGGCUUGCCUGCUCAUCUCCGCCUUGAGUUCUCCCAAGACAAGCCGAGCACCAAUGUUACCAGCAGCCGGUCGCCGCUUCUGUCUCUCGUCUAUUAUUACAUCCGUUCACUGAUUCAUCGCCCUGCGGUCUGUUUUGGCGAGGAACACGUUCGAUCGCCUUCUAUCCUUGUCGUUUCCGAUUCGGCCAAACAUAUCAUUCAGAUCCUCGAAUUGCUUGACGAGAGGCGUCUUUGUCUUUCUGUGAGUAUCAAUCGAAAAGAGCUGGUUUUUGCCGCAGGACUUGGUCUUCUAUGGCAAAACAUCGGCCUGAAGCGCGACAGCAAGCUUGUCAAGGAGAGCCAGAAGCUGCUCACCGCAGUCAUCGAUCAGUUGGAAUCGGAGGAGUCGUCAUCCGCCGCCGAGUUCAGCGCUUUGGCUGGUGUUCUGGUUUCGCUGAGUAACAGCAAGCACGGGUCGUCUGGUAGACCCCAGGACAUGUCGCCACCUUUGCAGAAACCCCUAAAGUCUCCUAGGAGGCAACUUCAGUCCUGGAAAUCGCGUCUGAGUGGGACGUCAGGUCCAACCCAUCAGGAAGCACCAGACUCGCCAUCUCGGCGGGCCACGAUCUGCGGGCCGAGUGCUCACGCCGCCCAACGUCAUGCUAGAUCCUCUAGCUGGACCAGUCUACCGCCGGACAACUUCCACGCGCCAAACAUGCCUACGAACAAGACCGCCUAUCAUUCAGCUUCCGGAACGUACGAUGGUAGCCACAUGCUCUCUAGCUCCGCGCCUUCGGAUCCUCCCGGAGGGCCCAUCACAGUGUCCGAUUGGGAGUUUGUCCUGAGUGACAUGGACCGAGGCUACUCGAAUAUUUUCACGGGAAUCUAUGGGGGACGGGAAUGCGGAGAAGACAGUGGCCCCUUCGCUUCGCUCACUGCCGAAUUCGUCCAGAAGGGGGAUCCAUUGGCGGCACCGUUAUCGGCGCCACAGACGGAGCUGCAAGGAUUGUCACCCGAGGCGUGGUCAGCGAGUAGCAAUAGCGAUGUGCCACCCAAUCAGGAACUCCCCGCACAGAGUGUCCUCAGCUACUCCGAUGAAGGCAGUGCAGACGAUGGGGUGCAAUUUAACGACAUGCGCCUUUCACCGGAAGAACAAGCCAGCUUUUUGGGCUCCUUCCGGAGUGUCAUGAUUCCGGCGGUGGAAGACGAAGCCGAUGAGUUUGCCCUGAUCAAUGGAUGGGAUCGACGGCUGGCCGUUUGA